AUGGCGAUGAGCAUAGGUAAAUACCUACCCGAAGAACUCAUAAGUGAAAUAUUCUACCGCCUCCCUGUAAAGUCCAUUGGGCGGUGUAGGUGCCUAUCAAAGCACUGGCGCAAUUUUCUCUCACACCCACAAUUCAUCAAACUUCACUUCAACCUCCACGUCCAUACACAAGAAGAGAAACUCAUUAUCGUCACUUGGCGUAGCGAACUUCAUACUAUCACGCUUAUCCACGACAUCCUCGAAGAUGAAUCCAUCGAUAGCAUUUCAACAAAGGUUAAUUUUCAGCACCUCACACAUAACUGGAUUUCUGUAGCUGGGUCUUGUAAUGGGUUGGUCUUAGUGAUUGAUAGGGAUAAUGUUCAAUUUUUGAUCAACCCAACUACCUUAGAAUACCAUAAAUUUCCUGUUUUUGAUUGGGCUCUUCCUCCGAAAACUAGCUGUUACAUGUAUGGUUUAGGGUAUGAUAUUGUUAGUGAUGAUUAUAAGGUGGUUUCUCUUUCCUAUCGUGAUACGAAUAAUGAAUUUAUGUCUAAUACUUAUGUGGAUUUGUACUCUGUGAGAAAGGGUCAUUGGGAGACACUUGGGGUUUCUCCUUAUGAUCAUUCACUUACUGACCGUGCUUCUGGGGUUUUGGUUAAUGGGGCUUUGCAUUGGUUGGCUUGUAGAACUGUUGAAUAUUCAACUGCAAUUGCUGCUUUUGAUUUAAGUGUUGAUAAAUUCUUGGAGGUACCAGGACCUAUUGAUCUUCAGGAUAAUUGCUUUAUGUGUAAUCUUGCAACUCUUAAAGGGUGUCUUUGUAUAUCUACCAGUUUACCCCGAGACAUAAACACAGUUACAUUUUGGAUCAUGAAAGAGUAUGGGGUUAAGGAGUCUUGGACCAAAUUUAAGAUUAUAGAACCGAGUUUGGAUGAUUCUCUUAGUACGCUACUGUGUUCCAUUACUGAUGAUGAUGAUGUUUUAUUGGAUGUCGACGAAGAAUGGGUUAUCUACAAUCUGAAGGAGAAUCGGCGUAAGGAUCUGUUGAUUGAUGUAAAUCCUAUUACGCAUGAAGCUCGAACUUUUGUUGAUAGCCUUGUCUCUCCUUACUUUGGCAACGAAACUGAGGGUUCAUGUAUUGUGUGAUGCACAAGAUGAUGUUGUAUACAGGUAUUACAGGAACAUGUUCCUCUGUAUUAUCCACCUUUAUCGUCCAUCUCCUUUAGAUUAUUCAAAAGCCUCUGUAUUUUCUUUUGUCUAGGAUAUCUAUGCUUGAAAUUUCAACAGUACUUUCAAGGAUGCCCCUUUAGCCAA